CUUCCUGUGUCCUUCCCACCCGUAGUCUCCUGUGCUCCGGCUACCAGCAGUCUCAACCAGAAUCCAGGAGCCCCCACCCUAGGAGACAAGUGAGACCAAGCCCUGCUAACCUAAGACUGCACUUCACUUUGGUUCAAAACUGUUUUCUCUGCUCACAAUGAACCAGAAGACCACUCUGGUGCUCCUUGCUCUGGCUGUCAUCACCAUCUUUGCCUUGGUGUGUGUCUUAUUAGCUGGCAGGGGAGGAGAUGGGGGUGAAUCCAGCCAGCCUUUCCACUGCCCCUCUGUAGCUCCCAGCGCCCAGCCCUGGACACACCAUGGCCAGGGCCAGCUCUUUGCAGACCUGAGCCCAGAGGAGCUGACGGCUGUGAUGCGCUUUCUGACCCAGCAGCUGGGGCCAGGCCUGGUGGAUGCCGCCCAGGCCCAGCCCUCGGACAACUGCAUCUUCUCCGUGGAGCUGCAGCUGCCCCCCAAGGCCGCAGCCCUGGCCCACCUGGACAGGGGGAGCCCCCCACCUGCCCGGGAGGCGCUGGCCAUCGUCUUCUUUGGCAGACAAGCCCAGCCCAAUGUGAGCGAGCUGGUGGUGGGGCCGCUGCCACACCCCUCCUACCUGCGGGAUGUGACUGUGGAGCGUCAUGGGGGCCCCCUGCCCUACCACCGCCGCCCGGUGCUGCUCCGAGAGUACCUGGACAUAGACCAGAUGAUCUUCCGCAGGCAGCUGCCCCAGGCCGAAGGCCUCCUCCACCACUGCUGCUUCUACAAGCGCCAAGGAUACAACCUGGUCACCAUGACCACAGCCCCCCGGGGCUUGCAGUCGGGGGACCGGGCCACCUGGUUUGGCCUCUACUACAACAUCUCAGGGUCUGGGAUUUUCCUGCACCCCGUGGGGCUGGAGCUGCUGGUGGACCACAAGGCUCUGGACCCUGCUCACUGGACCAUCCAAAAGGUGUUCUUUCAAGGCCGCUACUAUGAGAGCCUGGCCCAGCUGGAGGACCAGUUUGAGGCCAGCCUGGUCAAUGUGGUGCUGAUCCCAGACAAUGGCACAGGUGGGUCCUGGUCCCUGAAGUCCCAGGUGCCACGGGGUCAGCCCCCACCUCUGCAGUUCCACCCCCAGGGCCCCCGCUUCAGUGUUCAGGGGAGUCAGGUGGCCUCCUCACUCUGGACUUUCUCCUUUGGCCUCAGAGCUUUCAGUGGCCUAAGGAUCUUUGACAUCCGCUUCCAGGGAGAACGGCUCGCUUAUGAGAUCAGUCUCCAGGAGGCCCUGACCGUCUAUGGAGGAAACACCCCCGCGGCAAUGCUGACCCGCUAUCUUGACGGCAGCUUUGGCAUGGGCAAGUACUCUACAUCCCUGACCCGUGGGGUGGACUGCCCGUACCUGGCCACCUAUGUGGACUGGCACUUCCUGAUGGAGUCCCAAGUUCCCAAGACAAUUCAUGAUGCCUUUUGUGUGUUUGAACAGAACCAGGGCCUCCCCCUGAGGCGGCACCACUCUGAGUUCUAUUCCCACUAUUUUGGGGGCCUUGCGGAGACAGUGCUGGUGCUCAGAUCCGUGUCCACCUUGCUCAAUUAUGACUACCUGUGGGAUGUGCUCUUCUACCCCAAUGGGGCCAUAGAGGUCAAAUUCCACGCCACAGGCUACAUCAGCUCAGCGUUCCUCUUUGGUGCUGCCCGAAGAUUUGGGAACCAAGUUGGGGAGCAUGUGCUGGGCACUGUCCACACCCACAGUGCCCACUUCAAGGUGGACCUGGAUGUAGGAGGACUAGAGAACUGGGUCUGGGCUGAAGACAUGGCCUUCGUCCCCAUGGCGGUGCCGUGGAGCCCUGAGCACCAGAUGCAGAAGCUGCAGGUGACCCGGAAGCUGCUGGAGACAGAGGAGCAAGCGGCCUUCCCCCUGGGGAGCACCCCCCCGAGAUACUUAUACCUGGCCAGCAACCACAGCAACAAGUGGGGUCACCCACGGGGCUACCGCAUCCAGAUGUUCAGCUUUUCUGGGGAGCCACUGCCCCAGAACAGCUCCAUGGAGAGAGCCUUCAGCUGGGGCAGGUACCAGCUGGCAGUUACCCGGCGGAAGGAGGAGGAGCCCAGCAGCAGCAGCAUCUAUAAUCAGAACGACCCGUGGGCCCCCACCGUGGACUUCGCUGCCUUCAUCAACCACGAGAACCUUACCGGAGAGGACUUGGUGGCCUGGGUGACAGCUGGUUUCCUGCACAUUCCACACUCAGAGGACAUCCCCAACACAGUGACCGUGGGGAACAGUGUGGGCUUCUUCCUGAGACCCUACAACUUCUUCGACCAGGACCCCUCCUUGGAUUCCACUGACUCCAUCUACUUCCGGGGGGAUCAGGAUGCGGGGGACUGUGGGGUCAAUCCCCUGGCUUGCCUCCCCACCACUGCUGCCUGUGCCCCUGACCUCCCUGCCUUCACUCACAGGGGCUUCUCCCACAACUAGGUUAUCUCUGGGUGGGGACCUGGCUGGUUCUCUUUUCUCCCUCAUCCCUUAGUCUCCCUCCUUGCCCUUUUCCAGGGCCCUCUCUCUAUCCCAGCCUCUGAUACCCCACUCCCUGCUGGAGCAUCUUGAGACUGUCAUGGCAGAUACAGGGGGCACUCAGUUGUAGAUCCCAGACCCCCUGGCUUCCUAUCACAGAAAGGAGUGGCCAGCAGGAGCCUGAAUGAUGGCCAGGCUUUUCCCCAGCACAAUCCCCACCCCACCUUACCCCCACUUUUCUCCUCUCUCUCUCUCACCAGCUUUUCUAAAUCUUCCCAGACCACCCCCAGGUCCCUCCCAGGCUUCCCAGGCCCUCUGCCAGCUAGAGGUGGGCCUGGGGCUCCGUUCUGGGAACAGUUCCCCUGCAGCCCCAGGUCAGGGUCCAGCCAGACCUGCCUCUACAUAGAUGAGCCAAAGGGGCCCUGAGGCCACACUCACUGUCAGCCAAACUCUCCUGCUGUCCUCCUCCUUCUGUGCCUGCUGUGUAUCGAGAGAAGGGGGGGCCCUCACCUGGUGCUGGGCAGAUGUGUGCCCCUGAAUUAUCUCUGCCCCUUUUACACACUUGCUCAUCCAGACAGCAGCAGUACCGAGUUCACCUUCUAGGUGGCCUUGUGUGUGUGGUGUGUGCUAGGCUGUGUGUGACCAGUGGCCUCUGAACCGCCCAACAGCCAGGUGGAGGCAGGCAGGCAGGCAGGUGGGAAGCAGAAGGACCCAGGACUCUGGCCCCCCUCCCCGGCCAAGGGCUGUCCAAUCACGUGCAGACAUGCAAAUGAGCAGGGCUUCAGGUGGAACCUCCCUCCAGCUGCCUCCUGGGCUCUGGGUCGCUAUAAAUAGCAAGAGAUGGCUGUUUUCUGGCCACAGCAGAAAUGUCCCAUCAUUUCUGGGAGAAACAUUCUGCUACAGCCUUGCGGUGCAAUACUGUAGAGCUAUGUAAACAACGACAUCUCUAAGUUUAUGGGGAAUCUCUCAAUGCAAAAGGCAAGGCUCAGAAGGGUGUUGGUGCACUUCCCAUUUGUUUUCCAGAGGACCAGAAUAUAACACAGAUUUGCUUAUGUGUGUAUUCGGAAGAAACUGGUAAUACUGGUCUCCAUGGGAGGGGGAACAGAAGCUUGGGGGUGGGGAAGGGAGGGAACUUGGAACUGUGCAGACUUUGUAUAUAUUGAAGUUUGAACCAUGUGUCUGUGUUACCAGUUCAAA